UGCUCUGAGUGCGAGGAGUUCCUGUGCACCAAGUGCUUUGAGGACCAUCAGUGGUUCUUCAAGAAGAGGAACCAUGAGGCCAGGAGGGUGGAGGAGCUUCGUGCUGAUUCAGCUCAUCGCUUUCUGGAAGACUCCAGAAAGUCCUGCAAUCUCUUUUGCUCCAGUCCCGGCCACGCCAACCAGGGUCACAUCUCCAGCAUCUACUGCCCCACGUGCGAGAAGGCUCUGUGCUGCUCCUGCGCGCUGCUGGACAACCAGCACACCCAGUUCCGCGACGUCCGCGACGAGAGCCGGCGCAGGCAGGAGGAGCUGAGCGCCAUGAGCCGGGAGCUGCGGCGGAACAGGAGCAGCUUCGAGGCCGCCUACGCGGAGCUGCAGGACGAGGCGGCGCGGCUGGAGCGGGCGCAGCGGGAGACGCGGGAGCUGAUCGGGCAGCGCGUGGAGCAGCUGGUGAGGUGGAUCCGGCGGGAGGAAGAGGAGCUGCUGGGGCUGGUGGAAGCGCGGCAGGAGCAGGGCCGGCGGGAGCUGGCGAGGGAGCUGCGGCGCGUGGAGGGGGUGCUGCGGCGGAUGGAGGCGGGCGAGCGGCUGGUGGAGAAGAUGAACCUCUACGGCACGGAGCAGGAGGUGAUGGACAUGCAGCCCUUCAUCAAGGCCUCGCUGGAGGAGCUGCGGCAGCAAGAGGAGCUAGUCCAGCCCACCUUCACCAUCAGCCUUGCAGAGAUGCACACAAGCCCGGCUCUCCCCGUCAUGCCGGGGCCCAAGCGGGGCUCGCACUGCAUGGAACAGGGCAGCCAAAUGUCACCCAAGCUGCUGAAGCUGGAGUGUGACCCCAUGCCGGUCCCCAGCCAUCCCAGUCCCAACCGGGGGGAUGGCAGAAAAGUCACCAGCAUCAUCAUCUGCAGCUCGGAGGACAGCGAGGAAGACACGGCGGCUGAGAAGUUCCUGGGAGCCACAGGAGCAGGCCUCCAGCAAGCCCAGGGACAGCAAGAAGCCUUCCAGCCCCAUAUGGUCCGAGAGUGGCACCUCACCUCACCUCAGCACCGGCCCCACCAGCCCCUGGGAUGA